ACAUGGGUUCCAAACCUUCACUUCCUCAAGGCGAUCCACUGAGGAUCGUGUUGAUCGGUAAGACUGGAGUUGGGAAGAGCGCGACUGGAAACACCAUAUUGGGAAAAGAAGUGUUUCUUUCUUCGGCCAGUGGGGGUUCAGUUACACAGGCGUGCUGUUUAGAAAGGACAACUGCUUCCAGACACAUCACAGUGGUUGAUACUCCUGGGGUCUUGGAUGGCGCGAAAAGCACAGAGUCAAUAAGACAAGAGAUCCUGAAGUGCAUCCAUAUGUCAGACCCUGGUCCUCACGUCUUCCUUCUGGUCAUGCAAGUUGGACGUUUUAGCCCAGAAGAAGAAAGAGCAGUGGAAUUUCUGGAGAAGACCUUUGGAACAGAGGCAUCCAAGUACAUGAUAGUCCUCUUCACACGAGGGGAUAAACUACAUGGAAGACACAGCAACCUGCAGAAGUACCUGCAGAAUAGCCAUCCCAAACUCCUGGACAUAGUCCACAAGUGUGGGAGCCGCUACCACAUGUUUAAUAACAAGGACAGAUGGCACAGGCAACAAGUGGUGAGGCUGAUAGAGAAGAUUGAUGACAUGGUGGCUGGAAACGGUGGACGGUACUUUACAGAGGAGAUGUUAGAGAACACACAGAGUUAAUGGACGGACAAGAGAGGAUACUCUGAGCAGAGGGUUUACAACUUCUGCUUCAUCUCCCUGUGGCUGGAGCCUCGCUGAGAACUGAUGAUCAAAGAUCGACUAGAUCAAACCACCUGGUUUGGGAUCUGGGGCCACAUUCCUCCUCAGCCACGUCCUGUAAAGUCACCCUGAGAUGACCAUUUUAACAAGUAUGUGAUAUUAGUGUUUUUGUAAUGAGAGAUUGAACUAUUUACUUUAUGGGAGAACAAAGCAAAUGUAUGAUUCACACCUUGCUCUCCUUGUUACCGUGGAUUCCCUCUGUGUGUGGUGAAAGGAUUAAUAUAUCACUGCUAUCUUGUUCCAGAAAAUAAAAGACAU